AUGGCCAAUCGAAUCGUACAAAGGAAAAACUCUACAGAUGAUAUCACUGCUGCUAUUGAUAGCAUCAUAGCAUCAACCGAGGAGCUCCAGUUUCUGGAAAGAUUACAUUUUAAACUAGUCUCGUACUAUACCUUCUUAUCUAAUAGACAACAUAUAAUAACCACUUUUGAUCUUUUCAAAGAACACAUUGCGAAAACACUUGACCACAUUUUAACCUUUGAGGAUGUUGCUAAAUUGAAGACAAUUACUCCGAAUAAUAUCAACUUUGAGUAUGUGGACAAGAAUAAUUUUAUUUUAGAAGAAAAGCAUUUUAAUUGGAGAGAUGGUUACAAGCAAAGAGAAGCUGAUAUUUUUGAUAUAGACAAAGACAACUUUGAUACUGAUAACCAAGUUUUAAUUCUUGAGUUUAUAGAUUCAGGGAACAAAUCAAGGCGUGAAAAUACAGAGAAGCUGUUACCUGGAGCCAUCAAGAAAUUGAUUAUAAGGAGAGACAAUCGAUUUAGGAAAGAUCUAAGGAACCUGGUUCGUGACAAAGGUGAUAAUACGCUGCAAUAUAUACAAGAUAGUUACAAGAAAUACAUUCCUGAUAAACAAAAGUUUAUUGAUCCUAUGGAAGAAAUGAACCAAGAAAAAAUUGAAUCCUCUCAUCAGCCCAUCCCUCAAUUGAUCAACCACUUCAAAACAAUGAACAACUAUAAUAAUCAGUUGUCUGAUUCUUCAAGGUACAUCAUACCUCCGAAACCUGCUAAAUAUGAUCCUGAAUUCUUUCAUGAAGUGAGCUUACAUCCCGAUAUUGAAAGUCUACUAGAUUCUAAAAAUAUACAGCAGAUUUAUUCACAUCAAUCACUUGGAUUGAGAUCAGUGUUGUUAGAGGGUAAACAUGUCAUUUCCACAACCUCAACAUCUUCAGGUAAGUCUCUCAUUUAUCAGCUACCGAUAAUACAGACAUUGCUUAAUAAUAGCGAGGAGACGUCGCUUUUACUAUUCCCUACAAAAGCUCUUUCACAGGAUCAACAUCGAGCCUUGCUUUCAUUCAUUGGUCCCACAUUGAAUAAAAUCACCGAUAAAAUCCAGACUUUCGAUGGUGAUACCUCAAAACAAGAUAGAAGGUUAAUUCGUGAAAGUGCAAAUGUGAUUUUAACCAACCCUGACAUGAUUCAUUUAACAUUGUUGCCAAAUCAUACAACUUGGGCAAGAUUUCUUAGAAAUUUGAAAUAUGUUGUCAUCGAUGAAUUGCAUGUUUACAAGGGUAGCUUUGGUACGAAUGUCGCCUAUAUAUUGCGACGUCUACGCCGAAUUUGUGAAUUGUUUGGGAACACGAGCAUACAGUUUAUUUCCUCUUCUGCCACUCUAAAUGAUGCCGAUUUACAUUUAUCAAAAAUGGUGGGGUUGGAUGACAAAUCUGACAUUGUUUGGAUUGAUGAAACAAUGAACGGUUCCCCUUGUGGGUCUCGUUAUAUUGUGGGUUGGAAUCCUGAUUUGGAUCGGGGCGGUAGUAUGAUUUCUGAUACUUCCAGGAUAAUUGUGGAAUUAUUGAAGAAAAACACUAGGACAAUUGUCUUUUGUACUGUGAGAAAAACUGUGGAACUGGUUAUGAAAGAAGUUCGUUCUCAACUAAAGGAUGAACCAAAGUUGCUCUCCCAAAUAAUGUCGUAUCGAGGUGGUUACAGUAUCUCUGACCGUCGUAAAAUUGAGCAUCAAAUGUUUCAUGGUGGUUUGAGUUGUAUUGUAGCCACCAAUGCAUUAGAAGUUGGUAUCGAUAUUGGUGGAUUAGAUGUGGUUCUCAUGUGUGGGUUCCCUAUUAGCUUAUCUGGAUUUGAACAAGAAAUGGGUAGAGCAGGUCGUAGGGGUUUAGACUCUCUAUGUCUCUUAGUUGCUGGCGGUGAUCCGAUUAGUCAAUAUUAUAUUGGUAGGAUGAAUGAAUUAGUUGAACGUAAAGAAUGGGAAGACUUGUGUAUCGAUCUAAACAAUUUACUUGUUUGGGAAGGUCAACUACAAUGUGCAUUUAAGGAAUUAGAAGUACCGAACAGUGAAUUAAGUAAUGAAUGGAACAAGUGGUGGAACUGUAUUCCUUGGGAAAUGUUUGAAAAUGUCAUUAGGGAGAAAUUCCGGUGGACUGGCACAAGAUGGACAUGCCGAGAUUCGUAUUUACCAUUCCCAGCAAUAAUGGUCCCUAUUCGUGCAAUUGAUGAAGAUACAUUUGCAGUUGUUGAUAUUAGUGGAGGCAGACAAGAGGUUAUUGAAACCCUAGAGAUGAGCAGGACUACGUUCACCUUGUACGAGGGGGGCAUUUUCAUUCAUCAAGGUCUACCGUAUCUUGUUAAGGAGUUUGAUGUCAAUGACAAGUUUGCACUGGUAGAAAGAGUCAAUGUUGACUGGACAACCAGUCAAAGAGAUUAUACCGAUGUUGAUCCGGUCUUAAUUGAAAGAGUCAGAGCAUUGCAAUUUGUGGAUAUUCCUAUUUACUAUGGUAACAUAGUGAAAACAUCGGUGGUUUUCGGGUUCUUUAAGGUCGAUAAACGUGGUAAGAUUUUGGAUACAGUCGAGGUUAAUAACCCGCCAGUUAAAUACAAAUCAAAAGGAGUCUGGAUCGAUUUACCAACAGAUCUCGUCAAUUUAUUGAAGAAUCACGAACUAAAUUUGGCAGGGGCAAUACAUGCAGUUGAACACGGUGUGAUGAAUAUCUUACCGAGGUAUAUCAGUGUAGGAAAUUACGAUGAAAUUGGAUGUGAAUGCAAAGCACCAGAGAAGGAGUUUGCCCAUCGGCAAACGCAACGCCGCCGACCAGCACGUCUCUUACUAUUUGACACAAAAGGUGGGAAGCAGGGAAAUGGCCUUUCAUCACGGAUCUUUGCCUGUGCCGAACUGAUUCUACAGGAGACUUUAAAGAUUGUAGAGGAAUGUACUUGUCCAUACGGGUGUCCACUUUGUUGUGCCGGUAUGCAGUGUACUGAGAACUCUCUUGUUUUAUCCAAGGAUGGGUGCAGAGUCAUCCUUCGAUAUCUACUUCACGAUCCAACGCCGCUUGACGGAAUCCCACGUGGUCCAGAGGGGAAUCUCCCCGAUAUAGACAUUGAGACAGUGGUUCCUGUUCAGAAUGUGGGGAAUGUCAAGUUGAGCCCCCUUGUGGAGGUGGUGAAAAACGAAAAAUCUACUGAGGGUGCAAUUGGGAGUUGA